AUGGUGGUAAAAAGCCCAACUUUUCAGCAACACUUGAUAGACCUGAGGGAGGUGUUCGAGGUACUGGAGCGAUACAGAAUGAGGCUGAAUCCAGCAAAAUGUGCUUUUUUCAUCAGGGGUGGAAAGUUCCUGGGUUACAUGGUGUGUGGAAAGGGUAUCGAGCCCAAUCCUGAGAAGGUAGAGGCCAUAUUGAAAAUGCCUGAACCGACCUGUGUGAGGGACGUCCAAAGACUUACUGGAAGGGUAGUAGCGCUUAAUCGUUUCAUGUCAAGGUCGGCAGAAAGGUGCCUGCCUUUCUUCAAGAAGUUGAGAAAAUUUUCGAAUUUCGAAUGGACCGAGGACUGUCAAGAAGCUUUCAAAGAGCUCAAGUGCUAUCUUAGCUCGCCACAUGUACUUAGUAAUCCGCUGGAAGGGGAAGAGCUCUUGAUCUACUUAUCAGCCUCGGAACAAGUUGUCAGUGUCGUACUGGUGAGAGUGGAAGGAGGAGAGCAGAAGCCAGUAUUCUAUGUCAGCAAAGUGCUCAAAGACGCUGAGAUAAGAUAUCUGAACAUCGAAAAAAUAACAUAUGCUCUAUUGCUAGCAGUCAGAAAGUUCAGGGUUUACCUAGAAAGCCACCAAGGAGUAGUGAUGACAGAUCAGCCAUUGAAGAAAAUUCUCCACAGACCAGAAACCUCAGCGGAGUGCUCCUUCAAUGAAAAACAAGCAGAACCUGGUGAGACAUCCUCGAGAGCAUCAGAAGGAGAUAGAGAAAGGCAGUCCCCUCGAGAAUUCAGCUGGAAGUUGUAUGUGGACGGGGCAUCCAGCGCUGGAGGCAACGGCGCGGGAAUAAUGCUGAAAGGACCUGAAGGGUUCAAAUUUUGCUAUGCUCUGCGUUUGGAGUUCAAGGCCUCCAACAAUGUAGCAGAAUAUGAAGCCCUAAUAAACGGGAUGCAGAUCGCAAAGGAAGUAGGGGCAACUGACCUCGAGAUAAAUAGCAACUCCCAGUUAGUGAUCAGCCAAAUAACGGGGGCAUAUCAGGCAAGAGACCAGACCAUGCAGAACUACUUGGCGAGGGUAAAGGCCAUAGAGGCCAAGCUCAAAAGCCAAGGGAUCAGGGUAAGAUACCAAAGAAUACCUCGGGAGAAAAAUGAAGAGGCAAACCUACUCAGUCGACUCUCUAAGGAAGAGCUGGAGCAGCUCCCAGACAAGGUAUACAUACAAUACAUUAGCACUCUUGCCUUUGACAAAGCAGAUACUAUAAUGGAGAUCAAGGAAAAACGAAACUGGAUGACCUCAUACCUCGAAUAUUUGGAGAGGGGAAAGCUCCCUAAAGAUAAAGCUGAGGCAAAGAAAAUUGCGGCUCGGGCUGUGAACUACCAAGCGGUGAGAGGAACCCUAUACUGA